UGCGAAGCAAGAUGUUCACAUCCAGUGUGGAGGAGCGCCGCUGGUUCUACCGCCGAUGUUCCUGGUUUCUGAUGGUACUAUGGAUCCUUUAUAUGUUGAAUGAGGGUAAGGAGAAACUACUGUUUGAUAACAAAUUUUUAACAAAAUCUUUCAUUGACUGGGCAUUUGAAAGUGGUGUGUACUGGAAUAUCAAUCUUCUUUUCAUUACUGUUUAUCUCGAUUAUUGCCUGCUGAAAGCGGAAAAUUACUUGAUUGCAUUCCUAGAAAGCUUCAUCGCCGAAUCUAAAGACUGGAAAAUGGAAUACGAUCACUCGUCGAACAGCAACUGGCUCUUGACAAUGUUGUACGUGGAAGUCGUCACACCGUUCUUCUGCUUCAUACAAUACUUCAAUGCUUUUUGCAUUUACUACGGGGAUUUGGAGGAAGAUGUGAGGCCGUCCAUCAACAGCCCUCCUAUCCUCAUUGCUCUCUGGGUUCUUACAACUUUGUCAUGUUUAGAUGCUUUCGUUAGAGUCGUUUAUUGGUUCCUAGCAUGUCUUCUUUAUCGCCACAAGUGGUUUUCUCGCUGUUUCGGACCGGACGUCUAUGAAGAGGAUUUGGAUUGGUUAAUACAUGAAAUCCAAGGUUUUCCUGACUGGGUCUUCUUCCUGCAUUUGUGGGUGCAAUAUAAAAUAAUACCGCUGAGCACAUCCUAAUAUACAAUUAGCUACCGAAGAUUUCUUACUUUUAUAAAAGAUGAAAAUAAUGGUUGUGAUGAACUACUUUUAUUUUAUUAUUGGUGUUAUAAUAUAAAAAAUGUUUAUUAUAUUGUAUUUAUUAUAUUAUUACCUUUAUUAUAUUGUUGAUUUUAAACCGAAAAAAUCAGUGUAUUUUUUUUCAAAUAUUAACAACAUAAUUAUGUAAAUUAUGAUAUUCUGCUAGAG